ACGCGCCGUUUCCGUCGCGAAAAGCUCCGUUUCUAACUAGGUGCAAGGUGCGUUGCUGGACUUCCAUUUCCAGAUUUACCAGCAGUCGCCAGUUCCUACCGCUACGUCACCCACGCUAGUUAAGAUGGAGAUGGAGCUGCCAGCCACGCCCACGCCCACCGAUUCGAGGAUGCACCUCACUUUCCAGUCACCCACGGCCGAUAAGGCACAGCAGUCGCUGCGGAUGCAGAUGGCUGCCCACAACUUCAAGAAACGCGCGGCAUGCGACUCGCCCGUAGCUUCGGACGACUCGGCGUCGCCACUUCCUGUGGCCACGUGCAACUUCGCGGCUUUGAGUCGCCACUUCCACCUCCCACUCAAGGUAGCGGCCGAGAAGUUCGGCGUGCGCGCCACAGCCUUCAAGAAGCGCUGCCGAGCUAUCGGCAUCCGCCACUGGCCUUACCGCAAAGUGCGCAGCCUCAAGCGCUCGCUACAGGAGCUGGAGCAGUGCCAGCAACAAGCCCAGGAUGGUUCUGGCCCGCCGCUCUCAGACAAGCAGCUGCGCCAGUUCGCAGGCUACCAGAGCCAACUCAAGCGCCUCCUGUCACCCGAGACGUACGGCAUCGACCCUUUCGGUCAGAUUCUGCCCGCUCAUUUCUUCCAAGGCGACGCCGACACCCCAGACGACCACGACUCGGACGAGGACUCGUGCGGAUCGCAGAGUCCGCGGCCGAGCGUCGAGCGCUUCGUACACAGGAACAAAGCUCGCAAGCAUCUCUUCACAGACUCACCGUCCUCAGCCUCCUCGCCGCACCGCGACAACAUGUUCUUCGGCAAUCCCAUGGCCAUGAACGCAGCCGCCGAAUACAGCCGAGCGCAGUUCAACCAAUACAGCCAAGCGGGCAUGAUCCCCGCUCAAGUGGGCUUCGUCUUCGACACUAUGUACGACCCCUUCGGAGAGCUCAGCACCUCCACCAUGGACCCAUACGGCGAGAAUGACCACCCGUCCUGCGGCUACUCCCUUGACGCCGUCUCAUACGACCUCUUCCCAUUGCAACCGUCGCCAACUAUGGCUAUGCGGAAAGCCACUGCAACGACUCAACAGACAGCUAGCACCUCCAACCGGGAGGAACCGUCAUCUAUCGCGCCAAGUGGAGUUGAGGGACUGGAGGAUGAUAUCUUCCGCCACAUCUCCCCCGAGUAUGGCUGCCUUGUGUAAACAGCGGCGAUAGAUGUAUCGGCAGUCAGCUUAGUUUACUCCGCGGUCUUCAUUCUUUUUGCACGCAUCUUCCUUUUUUUGCAUGGAGCAUUAAAUUAUUCCAAACGAUAUUAAUAAAAAAAACGACUUCGCAUCCGCCAGCCU